UCUCUCCUCCAUUUGAUUUGCAGACUCCCCCUCAAGAUUUUCAGUUGAAAAUUCUGAAACCCACUACCACAGCACAGCCCAUCCAUGGUUCCACUCCCAAUGUUGCUCCCUUUUUCCCUCACCCUCCUCUGACCAAUCUUCGGUCUCUGUGAUUUGCGAGUGACCCUUUUAUUUUUUUACCCUUUCUGAUUCAUAAUGGAAUUCAAUCGCACGUAAAACAAAAAGAAAUUGCCCCAACUCGAGGCGUUUUCUCUUUAUUUUAUUUUCGCCAUGGCUGCGGCUAAAUGCUAAACUAUUCCAUUUCUUCCCAUUUCUCUCUGUGUUCUCUUCAAAUGCCCCUCAGAUCCAUUCUUUCGAGAGACUAAGAGAGGUAGAGAGGUGAGUUUCUUGUUCUGAUGAUGAUGAUGUUGUUCUAGGCCGUCAAUGAAGCAGUGCCGAGCUUUGAUUUUGAGUUUGAUCCUUCGUUGUUUCUAGAGCUUGCUGAGUUCCUUCAUGCCCUCCAAUGGAGGUUUUAGUAAGCGAAGGAUUGGCUCGGAGGAACCCUCGCACCGGCGGUCGGACGGAGAAAGGCCCAGGCUCUUACUGUUGCAUUCAACUUAAGCUUAUGUGGGAGUGAAUGAGCUGAAAACUUUGUGAAAUUAGAUCUGCUUCCAAGUUGUGAAAGCUCGGAUUCAUGGAUUCUGAUGGGGUCGCUGCAGAGUCUGCUCCGGCGACAGAGGAGAUUAUUUCCACCGGUCUCACCAUCAAAAUAGCACCAACUUCCGGCAGCAAACCGCCGGGAACUUCCCCUUCCGAUUUGGCAUUGCCGGACCCUAAAAUCUCAAUCGAAUCCUCCCCUUACAACUCUCCUUCCCUUCUAUCGCCGCCGUCGUCGGCGUUUGUUUCGGCUCUGCAGUCGCCGUACAUAUCGCCGAGGGCGGUGGUCCCAAAACCAGAAGAGAAGCUUAAUCCGGCGGAGAACACGGCGGCGCUGACGUGUCCCUCACCGCUGGUCUCUCAUUCUGAGGAUAUUCCGAGUAGUUCCUAUACUCCUCCGUCGGACCAAUAUGAAUAUUCCGAUGACUCACCUGAUUCUAAGCUUCAGUUUGUGGCUUGUGUUCCGGUCUCCGACUCCGCUCCGCCGCGCAUUUCGUUCUCCUUCCCAGUCCCCCGGAUCUCCUUCGCCAAAGGGGGCGGCCCGCUCUCCCCCGUUUCCACAUCAAAGCUCAGAAGCUGUGAUGUCUACAUUGGCUUCCACGGGAAUGCUCCUGGCCUGCUGCGCUUCUGUAAAUGGCUCAAAUCAGAACUUGAGCUUCAAGGGAUUGCCUGCUUCGUCGCGGACCGGUCCAAGUACUCCGAUAACCAGAGCCACGAGAUCGCCGACCGGGUUAUUGGCUCUGUGACAUUUGGGGUCGUCGUCCUCACAAGCUCAAGCUUCCACAACCAUUUCACCUUGGAAGAGGUGAGAUUCUUUGCACAGAAAAAGAAUUUGAUUCCCUUCUUUUUCGACAUGGAGUCGUCUGAGAUCUCGAGCUUUCUCAACUACAAUUCCAUGGAUAAAGAGUACAAAGAGACAGUACAGGGAUUAAUGAAGUCCCAUGAGUACAAGUUGGAAGCCAAUGAAGGUAAUUGGAGAAGCUGUGUAGCUAAAGCAGCUGGGAUUUUAAGGGCAAAGCUUGGGAGGAUGAGUACUGAAAGUGAUGUUGAAACAUUUGAGGAGCUGCCAUUCCCAAGAAACAGAUGCUUUGUGGGGAGGGAGAAGGAGAUUAUGGAAAUGGAAACCACUCUGUUUGGAAGCAGAAGUUGUCAAAAGCAAGACAGUGCAGUUCCGGUUCCGCUUCCAUUUCCGACCGCUGAAGGCAAUGCCAGCCAGCAAUCUGAAGGCCUAGCAGAUGAAGAAAGUGAGCCAGUUACAGUGAGGGGAAGUAGAUUCAUUAAUUUGGAGAUAGGGAGGUCUGAUAAUCCAACUUUAGAGACUUGGGUUGAGCCAGUUAAAGGAAGAAAUUCAUUCAAGAAAUUAAAACACAAGGAAAUGGUGAAGAGUGGGAAUCACAAGAGCUUGAGCGGCGGCAUAGUCUGCAUUAAUGGGGUCCCUGGAAUUGGAAAGACAGAGCUCGCUCUGGAAUUUGCUUAUAGAUACUCCCAAAGAUAUAAGAUGGUUUUAUGGGUCGGUGGGGAAGCUCGGUACUUUCGACAAAACAUAUUGAAUCUGUCUUUGAACUUGGGAUUGGAUAUAAGUGCAGAUGCCGAAAAGGAUAGAGGGCGGUUUCGGAGUUUUGAGGAGCAAGAACUUGAGGCAUUCAAGAGAGUCAAGAGGGAGCUGUUUGGAGACAUGCCAUAUUUGUUGAUCAUUGACAAUCUUGAGGCAGAGGAGGAUUGGUGGGAAGGGAAAGAUUUGAACGAUUUGUUGCCGAGGAACACCGGGGGAUCUCAUGUGAUCAUCACGACGAGACUCGCUAAGGUGACAAGUUUUCGGAUGAUUAAUAUCCAUCCAUUGCCCUUGGCUGAUGCAAUGGUUUUGAUGAGAGGAAGAAGGAAAAAAGAAUACCCUGCUGAUGAAUUGGAAUAUCUGAGGAAGUUUGAUGAGAAACUUGGAAGGUUGACAUAUGGUCUUUGGGUGAUCGGGUCGCUGCUUUGUGAGCUCGCAAUCGCCCCAUCUUCUCUUUUCGAAGCUAUCGAGCAAGUUCCGAUCGAUGACUGUUCUCCCUGCUCUUACAUAAGUAUAAACGAAGAACACUAUUGCAAAAACAAUCCCUUCCUGAUGAAGAUCAUUUACUUCUCUUUCUCCAUCUUAGAGCAAACAAAUGGACCACUGGCAUCAGGAAUAUUUCUGGUCGGGGCCUGGUUCGCCCCAGCGCCUGUUUCGGUAUCUGUUCUAGCCACAGCAGCAAAGGAUAUGGCUGUCUCAAGAAAAGGGUUAAAAAAGUGGAGCAAAUAUCUGAGCCUCAUGUUUGGUUGUUGCUCCUUUUGUAUGGCUUCACAAGCUUGGAAGAGUGAGGAAGAAUCUGCCCUUCUUCUGAUCAAGUUCGGACUCGCCCGAAAAGCAAACAAGCAGCCAGGUUGUUGGAUCCAAUUCCAUCCCAUAACUCAAGUGUUUGCCAAAAGAAAGGAGGGUUUAUCAGCUGCCAAGUCCAUAGUUCAAGGGGUAAGGAAAUCUAGUAGUAACACAAUGGCAAACUUGGAUCAUCUAUGGGCUUCUGCGUUUCUCGUCUUCGGUUUCAAAUCCGAACCUCCAUUUGUACAACUAAAGGCUGUCGAUAUGGUCCUAUACAUAAAAAAGACUGCCCUCCCCUUGGCGAUUCGGGCGUUCACGACCUUUUCGAGAUGCAACUCAGCACUAGAGUUGUUGAAGGUCUGCACAAAUGCACUUGAAGAAGUAGAAAAGUCAUUUGUAUCUCAAAUACAAGACUGGUGUGAAGGGUCCUUAUGUUGGAAGAAGAAGUUCCAAGGCUUCCAGCGGGUCGACGAAUACGUAUGGCAGGACGUGACAUUACUGAAAGCUACAUUGCUCGAAACCCGAGCAAAGCUACUACUAAGAGGCGGACACUUCGACAGCGCCGAAGAACUAUGCAGAACCUGCAUAAGUAUCAGAACAGUCAUGUUGGGACACAACCAUGCCCAAACCUUGGCAUCUCAAGAAACGCUAGCGAAAAUCGUUCGACUUCGGAGCAAGAUCUGAUGUAGUUAAUAGUCCAGGACACUUGGUAAACUAGUUUUGAUAGUUCAGUUAUCAAGUGUUUGUAUGUAAAAUCAGAUUUAUGGGUCAUAUUGUCAUAAAUGUCACUGUUCUCUCUGCCAUUCUAGUUUAACUGACAUAAGAAAAAUGGGAUGAACUGAUAAAAUGCUUUAGUUUU